GUGGCAGGCCCGGGUUUGUGUGCCUGGGACCCGGCUCUUCGCACUCGGAAUCUGCCCGAGGAGCCGGGCCCCAGCCGCUGUCCAGCUACUCCGUGCCCUUCGCGCCCAGCGCCGUCGCCGCCGCCUCUUGGGGAAACACGGCCACUUUCUCGCCAUGGAUACUCCCAGGGUCCUGCUCUGGGCCGUUUUCCUCAUCAGUUUCCUGUGGGAUUUGCCCGGUUUCCAGCAAGCUUCCAUCUCCUCCUCGUCCUCCGCUGAGUUGGACUCCACCAAGGGCAUAAGGAGCCGCAAGGAAGGAAAGAUGCCGCGGGUGCCGAGAGAGAAUGCCGCGGGUCGGACGCCCCAGGAGCUCCAGGAGCCCCAGUCGCAGCCGCAGGACGAGCCUCAGCGGCAAUCGUCUCAGCAGACCCCGGCGCAGGAGCAGCCCGGCCGAGGUCCGCGCGUGGUGCCCCAUGAGUACAUGCUGUCAAUCUACAGGACUUAUUCCAUUGCAGAGAAGCUGGGCAUCAAUGCCAGCUUUUUCCAGUCUUCCAAGUCGGCUAAUACGAUCACUAGCUUUGUAGACAGAGGACUAGACGAUCUCUCGCACACUCCUCUCCGGAGACAGAAGUAUUUGUUUGAUGUGUCCACGCUCUCAGACAAAGAAGAGCUGGUGGGCGCAGAGCUGCGGCUCUAUCGCCAGGCGCCCGCAGCGCCCUGGGGGCCUCCCUCAGGGCCACUCCACUUGCAGCUCUUCCCUUGCCUGUCGCCCCUGCUGUUGGACUCGAGGACCCUAGACCCGCAGGGGGCGCCCCCGGCCGGCUGGGAGGUCUUCGACGUGUGGCAGGGCCUGCGCCACCAGCCUUGGAAGCAGCUGUGCUUGGAGCUGCGGGCCGCGUGGGGCGAGCCAGACAUCGGGGAGGUGGAGUCGCGCCCUCGGGGACCCCAGCAACCGCCGCCCCCGGACCUGCGGAGUCUGGGCUUCGGCCGGAGGGUGCGGUCCCCACAGGAGCGCGCCCUGCUCGUGGUGUUCACCAGAUCCCAGCGCAAGAACCUGUUCGCUGAGAUGCGCGAACAGCUGGGCUCCGCUGAGGCUGCGGGUCCCGGUGCGGGCGCCGAGGGCUCGUGGCCACCGCCGUCGGGCGCCCCGGACGCCGGGCCUUGGCUGCCCUCGCCCGGUCGGCGGCGGCGGCGCACGGCCUUCGCCAGCCGUCACGGCAAACGGCACGGCAAGAAGUCGAGGCUACGCUGCAGUAAGAAGCCCUUGCACGUGAACUUCAAGGAGCUGGGCUGGGACGACUGGAUUAUCGCGCCCCUAGAGUACGAGGCUUAUCAUUGCGAGGGCGUGUGCGACUUCCCGCUGCGCUCGCACCUGGAGCCCACCAACCACGCCAUCAUCCAGACUCUGAUGAACUCCAUGGAUCCCGGCUCCACCCCACCCAGCUGCUGCGUGCCCACCAAAUUGACUCCCAUCAGCAUUCUGUACAUCGACGCGGGCAAUAAUGUGGUCUACAAGCAGUAUGAGGACAUGGUAGUGGAGUCGUGCGGCUGCAGGUAGCGGUGCCUUUCCUGCCGCCUUGGCCCGGGACGCAGGGGAGGCCUGACUGCAGAGAGCAGGAGGAGGAAGCUGGCCUUGGAGGAGGCUGCUGGGUGGGGUGGGGGACAGCCUGGACGCGAGAGCGAGAGCGGGUGCAAGAGAGAAGGGAGGGAGCACAGCUUUCCCAGAAACUUCCACCUGCCAGCCCAGAGGGAGAUAUGGAUUUUCACACCUUGCCUGGCCACCCUGGAAAAACAAGCCAAGGAGUUUAUUUGUGUUAUUGUUGUUGUUUCUCUUUAUUUUUGUGGCUUUGGAUUUCCUUGUGUUUCUCCCAGGUUUUGAUAGGAGGUAGGGGGAGGGGAGAUGCAUACCCAUUUCUCAAUUGCUCCAUGGAUUGAAAAGAAUAAUAGUUUAAAAAGGGAAACUGGAAGGAAGAAUCACCCACCUUUGAACAUAUCUUGGUUUGGUUGUUUCUACUUUUGUAAAGAAGGUGGGGGUCUUUCCAGCCAUGUCACAGCCCAUGCCUUGUGACCUCCCAAACAGAAGGUUUUAGGGAAUUGGCAAAUGGAAUAAGAAAGUCAGAAAGGGUUCUGCCUUGAGUGGAGCUUUGAGAGUGGUUGACCCAAGCGUCUUCGCUCCCUUGUAUAUUCCCAUGAAUUUACCAGUUCUGCCCUGGCCUCUUCCAGCACUGGGCAUUGGGUACCUCCAUCUCACUCCUGAGGGCUCAGGUCACUGGAUGUCUUUACUGUUGCUUUUUCUGGUGGGGGGAAAAGGGAGCUGGUAUGGAUGGAAUGACAAGAAUUAGUCCAUAUGGAACCCCCUGAAGGAUAAUGAGAAACCACAAGGCCUUCCUCUGACAGGGCUGACACCAAGGUCCAUUAGCCCAGGCUGGAGGUAGCCCACCCAAAAGCUCUUGGUGAUGUCUGUUUCUAAUUGAUUUCUUUAAAACAGAAUUUACCGAAAUUCAAACAUUUCCUUCUAAGGGGAAGGUGAUUUCCUAAUUAAAAAAAAAAAAA